AUGCUCCGUACCACCGGCACCGCCGCCGCCGCCCUGCGCUCGUCGGUGCGCGCAACCCAGACCCGCCGUGCUCACGCCAUCUCCAACCCUACCCUCGCAAACAUUGAGAAGAGAUGGGAGGCCAUGCCUCCUCAGGAGCAGGCCGACCUCUGGAUGGCCCUUAGAGACCGCAUGAAGGUUGACUGGACCGAGAUGACCCUGCAAGAGAAGAAGGCCGCAUACUGGAUCGCUUUCGGUCCCCACGGUCCCCGCGCUCAAACUCCUCCCGGUGAGGCCAAGCAGGUCUUCUGGUACACCAUGGGCGGUCUCGUCGUCACCGCCGUUCUGUUCUUCGGUAUCCGCGCCGGCGCCAGAGGCACACCUUCCACCAUGAACAGAGAGUACCAGGAGGCCACCGACGCAUACCUCAAGGAGAACAACGUCGAGCCCAUCACCGGCAUCUCUGCCGAGGACUUCAAGGGUACCUUCGCAGUCCAGAGUCCCCCCAAGGCCAAGGAGUAA